AUGGUUUCUAAUAGUAAUGUUGAAGAUAUGGACGGAUUAUAUACACCCUUGCAACCUCAUACAAUAUUAUUAAAAGACGAUGAAACUAUUGCCACAAUGUACCCUAUACCGAGUGAUCCUGCCUUAUUUCCCAAAGGAUUAUUAUCAUUUAUACUAGAUGAAUUUAAUAUGGAGAUAGUAAAAGGUGUUAGUUUUCCAUAUUAUGAGACGUUAAAUGAAAGAGAAUUCAAAGAUAUUUGGUUUCACAAAGAUGGUCACCUUUGUAUUAUGGUUCUUGGUGAAAUACCUGAAUUGGAUUACAGUGUACCGAACGAUCAAAGUGAUAUUGAUAAUAACUAUGGAACCAAAGUAGAAACAAUGAAACAUACGGGUCAAUACAUAUCACGUAAAAAUAAUAGGAAUUUAAAUUUGAAUAUUCAGUGGGAGAAACAAUGUUUAGGAGUAUUUUCAUUGCAACCUGCCUAUCCCGGACGUUCAUCACAUAUAUCUACUGGAUAUUUUUUGGUUAAUGCAGGGAUCAGAGGGAAAGGUAUUGGUAAAACUCUGGUGGAAACUUUUUUAGAAUGGGCCACUCAUCUGGGUUUCACUUCAGCAUAUUUUCCUUUGGUGUAUGGUACUAAUGUUGGAAUGCGAUGUAUAUUGGAGGAGUUAAAUUUCAAAAGAGUUGGGAUGUUACCGUCAUCAGGUAUUUUAAAGGGGUAUGACAUACCUAUUGAUUCAUUUAUAUAUGAGAAGGAACUAACCAGUAUCACAAAGAGUAUAGAAAUGUUUAAGGGACAUGACAAGAAUAAUGUUAUUGCUAAGUAUGAAAGAAUGUUAUAUUAUAUGGAACAUAAGAAAUAUCCAAAGAAUUGUGACAAGACUGAGAAGGCCCGAAUCCGUAUGCAUAGUAAAAAACAUACUUUGGAGAAUGGUAAGAUAAUGUUUAAGGGGAAAGAGGUUGUGUAUGAUCCAGUUAAACAGAGACGAAUUGCUAUUGAGGAACAUUGUUUAGAACAUGCAGGAGUGAAUAAAGUAACUGCUAAAAUUUCUAAACGCUAUCAUUGGAAUGGUAUUAAAAAUACAGUGUUGGAAGCCACAUCACAAUGUGAUAGAUGUAAAUCUAGAUUUUCAGAUGAUACGGGGGUUAUUGUAACAUCAAAUGAUAAUGUUAAACAGGCACAUAUGUUACCUUAUCACAGUAUUAAGGCACAAGAUUUGGUUCAUAUAAAUAAAAUAAGUAAUUAUAUAUCACAAGAAGGCCAGCGAGAUGCAGAUGAUAAAUUAAUCAAUUUAAUAGAAAUUGUGCAAAAUGUCAAUAGUGCACAACCACAAGGUAAUUAUGAUGGGCCCACACCAAAAGAUAAACAAGAGGAUGAUGUUAACAGAAAUACUAAGAAUGACCUUAAUGUUUCAUUGACAGCAGCAAACACAGCAACCCCACCAGACCACUUGUCUGGUUUUAUUCCUGGUACUACUUCUAUUGAUACUAAUAGUAUUAAUCAUAACAGUAAUGUCAAUAGAAAGAGAACUUAUGAAUCUGCUGUUCAACAUGGCUUACUGGCUAAACAAGGUGCUGGUAGUUUAGGAUUUUCAAUACAAAAUAAUAGCUCUAACAGUCACAGUAGCAAUGGAGGCAAUAACAAUGGUGAAAAUGCUAACUUUAGUAUUGAAGACACCAUUAAUAUGAAUAUGAGACAGUUAAAUAAGAUAGUGGAGGAAGAGGAAAUGAAGAAAAGAAGGAGGACAAUAAGUAAAGAUUCAAAUUAUAACCAUGCACCAAACACAAUGUAUGAAUUUAAGGAGAUAUCUUUAACAUCAACUAUCGAUAACAACAGCAAUAAUAAUAAUAAGAAUGAUCAGUAUACUCAUUAUGAAAAAGGUAAUAAUAACAGUCACAGUCACAAUCACAAUCAUAGUAAUCAUAACAAUAAUAUUCUACAUUUAGAUCCAAAUGUGAUAGAAGCUUUAAAUUUGGUAUCAAAAUCCCGACAUAAUGAUAAUACUAACUAUAAUAGUGAUAAUCAUAGUGGAAGUGAUGGUUAUAAUAAUGUUACAAACAUUCCAUUAAUAUUUGAUUUUGGAGAUGACUAUUUAGAAGAAGAGGAUGAAGAUUAUGAAGAACCAGAUGCAACAAGUGCUACAGGAAGAGAAGACGAUGAUGACGAUGAUGAUGAAUAUGAAUAUGAAGAAAGAGGGGAAAAUGGAGAAAAUUUUGCUGAUCAGUUUGAAGAAUUGUCCAUUGAGCACGAAUUACAAAGUUUGCAAAAUCUUGGUGAUGAAGACUUAAAUUUUCAUUCUAAUAUACGGCGUUAA